GAGGUGUGGGGUUACCGGCCGUGCCCCUGGAAGAUAGUUCUGGUGGGCGUUGGGGCGGUGUGCACCGGGGGGCUGCUGUUCCUGGUGCUCUACUGGCUGCCUGAGUGGGGAGUGAGAGGGACCUGCACACGGACCCCCUUCAUCAGGGAGGCCCAGACACUGCUGCUCAGAUCCACCGUACACUCAUCUAAUCUUACUCACUAAAGAUAACCUUUUCAAUGAUACAUCUAUUCUAUGCUGUGAUGUUCUAUUAAACCUUCUACGACCUAAGUAACAGUAAAGAUAACAUUGACUUGAGACUACAUUACAAAUUGUAAUUAAGCAAUAAGGCCCGAGGGGGUGUGGUAUAUGGCCAAUAUACCACGGCUAAGGACUGUUCUUAGUCAUGACUUAACGCAGAGUGCCUGGAUACAGCCCUUAGCUGUGGUAUAUCGGCCAUAUACCACAAACCCCCGAGAUGCCUUAUUGAUGUUAUAAACUGGGUACCAAUGUAAUUAGAGCAGUAAAAAUAAAUGUUUUGCCAUACCCUGUCUGCCAAUCAGCAAUCAGGGCUCGAAUCACCCAGUUUAUAAUUUACAAUAACCAAUUCUCUACUGAAGAGUCAGUCUGCUUAAUCACUAAUGUCACUAGUGUCUGACAUAAUCAAAUGGAUAGUAGUCACCUCCUCCCCAAGCUCGGAAGUCUAUGUGCUGUGCGCAAUUAACCUGUGGACAAUGUUAAGUGGAGGUUAACUGGAUGACUUGACAUUGGUUCAAUUCUCACAGGACGAGUUUAGGAGGUGGUUCCGGGCCAAGGUACAUGUGAUGCUAGUCCCUGGAAAGAGACCCUUUGACAGUGUCGAUCUCCAGGGCCCUCUGCACAUACCUAAUGGGGACAGUAUACACGCCUUCAGUGCCCUCCAAGAUGAACAUCAGGGAAAAUACGUCCAUAUCCAGCCAGUUCAGGUAAGGCAAUGGCCUCUGUUCUUCAUCUUCUGAUCUUCAUUAACAAGCAGUGUCCCAAUCGUCUUGAAUGGUUCCCUCCCUUCAUGUCCUUUCCUUCAAGACAACUGAUGGGGCGAAAGUUACAGGUCAGUGUUCCUGGAGGAAAGGACAUGAGGGAAGGAAGUUAUCCAAGAUUAUUGAGACUCACGAAGAGAUGGACACAGAUCCAAAGCCCUCUCAGUUGAUUUCGGAACAUUGCUUGCUGUUCUGACCACAUCUCUCUUUCUAUCAGAUUCUCUACUUCACCCACCACAGCACAAAAUACUACUGGAAUGAUCUGCUACAGAAUUUUGAAGUGUUUAAGUAAGAGCCUUAUUGCAAAAUCACAUUUUGGAAGACUUCAGUAACCCCUAUAAAUGCGUAAUUGUCCAGCUACUUUUAAAACAUGGACAUUCUCUAUCGUCCUUAUAUGAAAGGUGGUAAGUAGACAGUAUUACCAUGGAGGUGACUGUGUGUGCUGCUAUUCUAGAGGUUUGGAGGAUGUCAGGGUGACUUGUUCCGGCAUCCACACUGACCACAGCUCUGGUCUCAGCAAACUACUCCAGGACUACAGGUAGCCUACGUUACCCACAACCCUCUACUCCCAUACACAGUACAUUAGAGGAGGCCGGUGGGAGGAGCUAUAGGGAGGACGGGCUCAUUGUAAUGGCUGGAAUGGUCAUGAAUGGAACGGAGUCCAACGUGGUUUCCAUAUGUUUGAUGUUUGAUACCUUUCCAUUUAUUCCAUUCCAGCCAUUACAAUGAGCCCCUUCCUCCUAUAGCUCCUCCCACCUGCCUCUUCUGCAGUACCUCUACCUUACACAUAGGCAUAAUCAUACCUGUUCCUACAAGCACUAGUACACACACACCACCUGUUAUUGAAUCUCAUUUGGCCCAACUGCUCUUUUGAAUGAUGGAAUUUAUAUCUGAAAGUACAGCUAAGACUGGCUAGUCCGCACAAGCAUACAGUGCAUAUGGUAUUUGAACACUUUGCCCCUUGGCGUGUGAGAAAGCUGGCAAAAAUGCUAAUGGAUUCUAAUCCGCUUUCAACAGGAGACUGUUCUUUGAGGUGAAUGAGAUAGCGGUGAGGGUGCCAUCUGUGUUCAAGCUACUAAUAAAAGAGGUAGGUUACUGGAUACAUCUUCUCUCUCACAACAACAAAAAAAAGUAUGACCUGGAGUUUUUCUUGAUCACCUGACCUGGAAAAACCCUGGAGCCCAUUUAUAGUCUUCAACUAGGCCCCAGAGUUUUUACGGGUCAGGUCACAUGGCUAGAAAUAACUACUGUCCCUUAGUGCAGUGGUUCCCAACUCCAGUUCUUGAGGACACCCAACAGCACACAUUUUUGUUGUAGCCCCGGACAAACACACCUGAUUCAACUCAUUGAGGGCUUGAUGGUUAGUUGACAAGUUGAAUUAGGUGUGCUUGUCCGGGGCUACAAUAAAAAUAUGUACUGUUGGGGGUACCCGAGGACCGGAGUUGGGAACCACUGCCUUAGAGUAAACGCUGCUUAUUGUCCAAUGACUCAUCUGAUAACAACAAUCCCAUUAUCUAAAAUGAAAAUGAAUAAAUUGACAAUAAAACAAUCAGCAAUUUUAACAAUUAAAGCUGCAUAGGAUGAAACUAGCUCAAUCAUUCCCCCCCCAUAUUCAUUAUUUCAUCCUCAGGUCCUGAAUCCGUUCUACAUCUUCCAGCUCUUCAGCGUGAUCCUGUGGAGCGCUGAACAGUAUUACUACUACGCCGCAGCCAUAGUCUUAAUGUCUGUCAUAUCCAUAGCAACCUCACUGUACACCGUCAAGAAGGUGGGUGAUCGUCCCAGACCAAGCACUUCCUCAUGAUGUAGUGGUAGUGGCAGCCAUGUUGCCUUUCAAUCUGAGUUAUCGGAGUUAAAUGUUACUCGUUCCUUGGCAUUGGCAGAAUGUUUAUUAUUGUGGGGGGGCGAUAACAUUAAAUUAAAAUCUCCCUACCAUCAUAUAAGAGACGGUUUGAAUCCUAAGCAACCUGCCUACACAUAGUUUGAAGUACAAUACCAACAUAGCUACUGUAGUAGGUCAAAGCUGUGUGCUGGAAAACCUUGGUGGAGCAUGGGUGGAAUAGGCAUUGUGGUGCUUAUGAAUUUCCUAUAUUUUUUCGGCUUCAGACCGAUGCCUAUUCAAACAUAAAACUGAGUUUUUUGUUUUUAAUAUAUUAAGACGUGUGUACAUCUGUGUUGUUUAGCUUAUGUUUCUUUUAAUGGAUUCCCGCUUUCUCUGCUUACAGCAAUACAUCAUGCUGCAUGAUAUGGUGGCGACCCACAGUAUUGUACGUGUCUCAGUGUGCAGAGGAAAUCUAGGUACAUAACAGGCCUGAUAAGACUGCCUCUAAAGAGCUGAAUGUAGUGAAUUCAUUAUUACUUAUCUACUAUUGCAUUUUAUUAGUGACUUCCUCUGUUCCAUUUUUUCGGUUACACUUUUGAAGUAUGAUCAUGUGUAUUUGAUAAUGGUUGACAAUGUGUACUUGAUAAUGAUUGAUAAUGGGUAUAAUUUCAUCCUAGAUCUGUUAUUACAUAUUAUUAUUAUUAUUAUUAUUAUUAUCAUAUAUAUUUUUUAAACUUGAUUGUGAAGAAAAAACUAGUUAUCUUAUGGACUAUGCUGCUGUGUAUGUUAUGGGCUCGUCAUCUGACCAGAGGGGUAUACUACAAAGCAGGAUCAAGGAGUUAGCCAGCUAACUUGCCAAAUAUUAUGAAAUAACUUUUCUAUUUAUUUAGUUUAGCUUUCUUAAUGAACCAGAAAAUCAGUAGUUAUUUCUGGUUGUUUAUCACAGUUUGCUGGCUCCUGCUUUGUAGUAUACCCCUCUGGUGUUGUGUUGAACACAGAUGUCGAGGAAGCCAUGUCCACAGAAUUGGUCCCUGGUGAUGUCAUCGUCAUCCCGUCCAAUGGAAUGAUCAUGCCCUGUGACGCCGUGCUGGUUCAUGGAAACUGCAUCGUCAACGAGAGUAUGCUAACAGGUGACUAUAAAUGGUUCUUCCUUUAAUUUGAACACUAUGGGCCAGUUUCCCGGACCCAGAUUAACCCUAGACCUGGACUAAAAAGCAUGCUCAAUGGGAAAAACUAAUUUGCAAGGGCUUUUCGGUUCAGGGCUAGCUUUAACCUGGGUCCAGGAACUCAGGCCCCAUAUGCCAAAAUAAACGCUGCUGUGCUUCCAUUGUAGUGUAAUCAGGUUAUGUGGUCCUCUCCAGGUGAGAGUGUGCCUGUCACCAAGACCAGCCUACCCAGCUCAGGAAAAGAUGGGGCUGGCCUCUAUAGCAUAGAGGAACACAAGAGACACACACUGUUCUGUGGCACUCACAUCAUUCAGACCCGCUUCUACACUGGGGAACUGGUGAAGGCUGUGGUGGUCAGGACUGGUGAGACCACUUAUUGUUUCCAGUCUUCUGUUAUGGAGCUGACCUUAAUACACCUAAUACACCUGUAUUACCUAUUAUAAACUGGGUGGUUCGAGCCCUGAAUGCUGAUUGGCUGACAGCAGUGGGAUAUCAGACCGUAUACCGCUGGUAUGACAAAACAUUUGUUUACUGCUCUAAUUACGUUGGUAACCAGUUUAUAAUAGCAAUAAGGCACUUUUGGGGUCUGUGGUAUAUUGGCCAUAUACCACAUCCCCUCGGGCCUUAUUGCUUAAGUAUAGCAUAUGUGUAUUAGUGCAUGGGUCUGAGACUAGGUUAACUGACAUUAACAGGGCUAUAAAGGUGUUAUAGGCCUAGCUCAAAGUGAUUGUGUGCAUUCCGUUUUAAACUAACCUUCCCUGAAUACAAUGGUGGAGGGAGACAUGGCGAGGAUGGGCUCCCAGCUUCCACUGGGAUGUGAGAUAAAUAUACUUAAUUAUAGGGUUAAUAUGGCACUCUGCAGCUCCUCAAUUCAAUUCAAAUGCUAUUUAGGUUAUUUCCUUGCAAUAUUUGUUGUCUGUCAGGUUUCAGCACAGAGAAGGGCCAGCUGGUGCGCUCCAUCCUGUACCCCAAGCCCACUGACUUCAAGCUGUACAGAGACGCGUAUCUCUUCCUGCUUUGUCUGGUGGGAGUGGCUGGCAUCGGCUUCGUCUACACCAUCGUCCUCAGCAUCAUAAACCAGGUACUGCAGUUUGUCUGUUCAGGCAUUGAAAAAACGGAUUGCAUUUGUGUAGUGCUUUUCCCGCUAGUACUCAGUGGGUUAAACUUACCCACUCCACCAUUAAUGUGUAGCAUCCAUCCUGUGUCUUUGGUUUAGUAUUAAAUGGGUGAAAAUAGUCCUCUGGCAAUGUGUGAAUUUACCAUUAUUUAAACAUGCAUGGCCCAUUCCCAACCACCUCUCUCAUUUGGAAGAAUAAUACUGUCUCACAGUUUAGUCUAGCAAUAGUGUUGACGUUUCCCUAUGUCUGCAGUCUGUCAAUUUCAUUUAGUAUUUUCCCCUUCCAUGUCCAGGUUCCAGCCAAACUUCUUAGAAGGCUCUUCUCUUUGAACAGGUUCCAGCCAAAACCAUAGUGGUUGAAUCUCUGGACAUUAUCACCAUCACGGUGCCCCCAGCGCUGCCUGCAGCCAUGACAGCGGGCAUCGUCUAUGCCCAGCGCCGGCUGAAACGUGUGGGCAUCUUCUGCAUCAGCCCCCAGAGGAUCAACAUCUGUGGCCAGCUCAACCUCGUCUGCUUCGAUAAGGUACCCACUAUGCCUCGUCUGCUUCGAUAAGGUACCCAUUAUGCCUCAUCUGCUUCGACAAGGUACCCACUAUGCCACGUAAACACAAACUAUCAAACUUCAUUCCAAGUAUCAGGCUGUUAUAAUCACUAGCAAAACAUUUUGCUCUAUCUAGUAGAAUGUUUUUGUAAAACUAUGAAUCUGUGAUUUUAAAAUAAAGUGUUCAGAAUCUCUAGCUAGCACACAGGUACUAAAUGCAGACAGUUGUAGAAUGAAGCUACAUUAUAUUUCUGUGUAACCGUCCUGCUCCCCACACAGACUGGUACUCUUACUGAAGAUGGUUUGGACCUUUGGGGGAUCCAGAGAGCUGAAAAUGGCAGGUGAGAAUGAGAGGGAUAUGCGGUGUCCAUGUUUCUCAUCAUGGCCUCCAUGACUAAGGAGAGAUGUGCUCUUCUACCAUGUAUCAGUUAUCUACUGUCUCUGAACCCUCCGUUGUUAUGGGGAAGUCAGUGGAUGAAUACCACAGCUCCUUUGUUUCCCCAGUCCUUUCUCUGUGACCCCUCUAGUCCCCUCGUAAAACCCCACUACAUUAAAGGGGCAAUCAGCAGUUGAAACGAUAACAAAGCCCACCACUGUUUUGGUAAAAAGCUGAGGGAUGGGGCUGGAGAAAUGUAACCACUCUCAAAUUCAUAGACAGAGUUAUGGAUGUAAGGACUGACCAUCCAUGAUAUCAACAUUAUAGUUCUAACCAUGUUUUGAGGCUUUACAAUGUUUGUUUACAUUUACUUUGUUUUAUAAACACUGGAGUAAAACAAGCUUAUAUUUUGGGUUCUUAUGAGGUACGACAGUUGAACUAAAGCUCAUGAGUAUUUAUACGUUAUAUUCUUCAAGAAUCAAUGGGUACAUAUUAUUAAUUUGUAGGGCCAAAAAUGGAUGUAGCAACUACAGAUGUUCCUUUUUAAAGGGAUAGUUACACAUUUACUUAAUGUUGUAGUUACUUUUUUAAAGCUAUUCAGUCAUAAACCCACAAUUUACACAUGUUUACUUAGCUGCAGCCCCCUAUGGGUGAAAAACACUAAACUGAUCUUAGAUCAGCUUUUCAAUCUAUUUAUUUCUCCUCAGUUUCUCUCCCCCAGAGGAUGACCCAGCCAAUGAGACUCUAGUCAGGUCCUCGUUUGUGUCCUGCAUGGCCACCUGCCACUCUCUGACCAAGCUAGAGGGAGAACUCUCCGGAGACCCACUGGACCUCAAGAUGUUCAACGCCACAGGCUGGGUCAGUGUGUCGCAAUGCUGUCUCGAAGUUGUCGCAAUGUUUUUGUUCCUGUGUGGAUAUUGUAACCUACAGUAGUUUAUGUUAUAUACUGAACAAAAUUAUAAACACAACAUGUAAUGUGUUGGUCCCAUGUUUCAUGAGCUGAAAUAAAAGAUCCCAGAAAUUGUACAGAUGCACAAAAAGCUUAUUUCCUCUCAAAUGUUGUGCACAAAUUUGUUUACAUCCCUGUUAGUGAGCAUUUCUCCUUUGCCAAGAUAAUGCAUCCACCUGACAGGUGUGGCAUAUCAAGAAGCUUAUUAAACAGCAUGAUCAUUAUACAGGUGCUCCUUGUGAUGGGGACAAUAAAAGGCCAUUCUAAAAUGUGCAGGUUUGUCACACAACACAAUGCCACAGAUGUCUCAUGUUUUGAGGGAGCGUGCAAUUGGCAUGCUGACUGCAGGAAUGUCCACCAGAGCUCUUGACAGAUAAUUAAAUGUUCAUUGCUCUACCAUAAGCCGCCUCCAACGUCGUUUUAGAGAAUUUGGCAGUACGUCCAACCUUUUCUCUCAACCGCAGACCACGUGUAACCACGCCAGCCCAGGACCUCCACAUCCGGCUUCUUCACCUGCAAGAUAGUCUGAGACCAGCCACCCGGACAGCUGAUGAAACUGUGGGUUGGCACAACUGAAGAAUUUCUGCACAAUCUGUCAGAAACCAUCUCAGGGAAGCUCGUAUGCGUGCUCGUCGUCCUCACCAGGGUCUUGACCUGACUGCAGUUCGGCGUCGUAACCGACUUCAGUGGGCAAAUGCUCACCUUCAAUUGCCACUGGCACGCUGGAGAAGUGUGCUCUUCAUGGAUGAAUCCCAGUUUCACCUGUACUGGGCAGAUGGCAGACAGAGUGUAUGGUGUCGUGUGGGCGAGCGGUUUGCUGAUGUCAACGUUGUGGACUGAGUGCCCCAUGGUGGCGGUGGGGUUAUGGUAUGGGCAGGUAUAAGCUACGGACAACAAACACUAUUGCAUUUUAUCAAUGGCGAGAUCCUCGGGGCCCAUUUGUCGUGCCAUUCAUCUGCGGCCAUUACCUCAUGUUUCAGCAUGAUAAUGCAUGGCCCCAUGUCGCAAGGAUCUGUACACAAUUCCUGGAAGUGAAAAUGUCCCAGUUCUUCCAUGGCCUGCAUACUCAUAUGUAACCCAUUGAGCACGUGUGGGAUGCUCUGGAUCGACGUGUACGACAGCGUGUUCCAGUUCCCGCCAAUAUCCAGCAACUUCGCACAGCCAUUGAAGAGGAGUGGGACAACAUUCCACAGGCCACAAUCAACAGCCUGAUCAACUCUAUGCGAAGGAGAUGUGUCGAGCUGCAUGAUGCUAAUUGUGGUCACACCAGAUACUGACUGUUUUUAUGAUGCAAGCCCCUACCUUUUGACCUGUGACCAACAGAUGCAUUUCUUUAUUCCCAAUCAGGGCAAUAGGGCCUAUUUAAUUUAUUUCAAUUGAUGACCGAUUUCCUUAUAUGAACUGUAACUCAGUAAAAUCUUCGACAUUGUUGCAUGUUGCGUUUUAUAGUUUUGUUCAGAGUAGUUAUGCUAACAAUGCUACAUGCUAACUCAGUUUCUGUAUGAAUACUGUAACAAUAUGUUACACAUACUGGUAUUAUACACAGGAAAUGGAAAUGUUCCAACUUGUAUAUGUACUGUUGCUGACUGAAACAUGCUCUGAAACCUUCUUUGUAUCGUCAUGACUACAACACAAAGCAUAUUGGCAGCAGUGGGAUCCUUUCUGUUAGAGCUAUGCUAACAGAAUAGCUGGAAGAUGCUACAUGCUAACACAAGCACAAAAUCCCUGCCAUUGGUGCCAGACUGUUUCUGCGUUCAGCAUCGUUGCCUUGGCAAGAUAGCAACAAGUUGGCUAAAGAAGACUGGCCCCAGGGUUACCCGUCUAAAUCAAACGGGUCACUAAUGUUGUUUAAAACCAAUGUUUGUGAUGUUCAGAUUCUAGAGGAGCCCACAGAGGAAGAAACCGCCCUCCACAAUCCCAUAAUGCCCACCGUGGUGCGGCCACCCAAACAGGUGCACCCCGAGGUCAACCAGGAAGUCAAUCUAGCACAGAACAUGGUACAGUAUUCAUAGUAUGCUCUCUCCUACAUCUCUACAUCUCAAUAUCUGGUAGAUAAACCUUAACUAUAGUUAUCUUCAAACCUUAUUUUCUUCUUUGCGUUUUUAGGAGCUGUCUGAGCUGACGGUAAGUAGUGUGAGGGCUUUUUCAAAUGCAUCAUUCUUUCCUUCCUUAAAUAUUCAUGUUUUUGUGAAUGGAUUUGUUUGUGAUUGGAUUUGUUUGUGAAUGGAAAAGUUGAAUGGAUGAACGGUUUAAUGGAUAUUGUUUGACCAUGUGUUGUCGGUCUCUCAGUUGUCCUAUGAGAUUGGGAUCGUCCGUCAGUUCCCUUUCUCGUCGGCUCUACAGAGGAUGAGUGUGGUGAUCCGGAAGCUGGGGGAGAAGCGCAUGGACGCCUACGUCAAGGGGGCACCAGAGGUUAUGGCCAGCCUCUGUAGAGAGGACACAAGUCAGUUAGACAUUUAUUCAAUCUUACCAGGGAGCAGUUUUACCAGAACGUGUACUUCUAUUCCAGUACCCCACCUGUAUGUGCACUGUCAAGACAGGCUUAGGCAAUUACAUGAACAUGUCUGCAGGUUAAUAGACUGCAACCCAAUGAAUUCUUCUUCUUUUCUCUCUAGUACCAGAGAGCUUCACAGAGACCCUGGAGUCUUACACCAGGCAGGGGUUCAGAGUCAUAGCCUUGGCCCAUCGCCAGCUGGAGGCCAAACUCUCCUGGCAUAAGGUCCAGAACCUCAACAGGUAGUAGAAUGUGCUGAAUAGAAUCACAGUAGUGAGAACUGUGGCUUAUUUCCUGUUAGAAUAUUCUAGACAUUUGAAUGUGUGAAUUUGUGAACUUCCCCCUUUCACAAAUAGUGUAACCUUUUUAAUUAGCGGCAUUAUUUUUACGUGGGCUAAAUUCUUAUUUUUUAAAUGAAUGAAUCUGUUUUCUAUCCCUGUCAGAGACCUCAUAGAGACCAAUAUGGAGUUCCUUGGGCUCCUAAUCAUGCAAAACAAGCUGAAGGAAGAGACUGCUGGGGUUUUAAAAGACCUACGACGUGCAAACAUUCGCACCGUGAUGGUUACAGGUGAAUAAGACAAUCCAAUACACAGUUUUCAUCAACAAUACAAAAUGUUGUCAGUAUUCUGGGAGAUUGUUUAGGUUUGCUAGUGCCUUUUGUACUGUAGCAUUUAUCAAUCUUACCAAUAUUCAAUACCAUUCUCCCACCAGCACUUUACACUGAAGUAACCAUCAGUACUGCAAAGCCAUAUAAACUGAUAUUAUGUCAUUUGGUAUGACUAAGCUAACUACAACUAGCUGCCACACCUACACUGAUAACAAUGGAAAUGUAAAGCGUCUUACAUUUGACAUUUUAGUCAUUUAACUGGUUAUGCAUCUUGUUUACCUCCCUCUCUGUAGGUGAUAAUAUGCUAACAGCUAUAUCAGUAGCCAGAGACUGUGGGAUGAUAACCCCUCAUGAGAGGGUCAUCGUAGCAGACGCCACACCUCCCAAAGACAUCCAGCCUGCUACGAUCAAUUGGCACUACACAGAGAACCACGCCACCAGUAAAGACAACCGUGUUGAGGUGAGGGGAAAAACGGAAUUAGAAGACAUGUAGAUUGAUAUUAAACUAUUCUUUAAAGACAGGAUAUGAGUUUAUUAAGCAAGUCUAACUUGGAAACAAUAUCUUUAUAUUUAAAAAGGACUUCCUGGAUGAAUAACGCAGUAUGUGUAUAUUCAGUAUAUUGCUCGUCCUGUAGCCUAAGUACACAGUUUCUCUUUUCCUCAUUGAUGUUGUUGCAACUAAUGAUCCAUCAUGGCCGUUCAUUAACCCCUUUUCUCUAUUGUUCCCCAGUCAGUGGAAAUGAGCCUUGAGGAUGUGGGCCAUGUUACUUAUGGUGAGCAGCCCAUGCAGCAGGAGCAGCGCUACCACUUUGCCAUGAGUGGCAGGUCCUUCGCUGUCAUCACCGAACACUUCCCUGACCUCGUCCAAAAGGUCAGUGCCAAAUUCCAUCCCUCUGUUUGGACAAUAUAGAUAAAAUGACUGUAGGAUGACGGACGUACUAAAUUGCUACAUUCUAGUGUUCAGUGCCUCCGUUAACUGAGCUGGGUUUGUAAGACCCAUGGCUGUGUUUAUACAGGCAGCCGAAUUCAGAUAUUUUUCCACUCAUGGGUCUUUUGACUAAUCAGAUCAGCUCUUUUGCCAAUAAUUGGGCAAAAGAUCAGAAUUGAGCUGCAUGUGUAAACACAGCCUUAGUCACACUGUAAUACAGCAUUAUUUGAUGCUAGUGUAAUGCUCUGUCUGUCCACUGGGUGAUGCUGUAGCUGGCACUGCGUGCCACAAUAUUCGCCCGCAUGGCUCCUGACCAGAAGACUCAGCUGGUAGAGGUCCUACAGAGUGUGGAGUGAGUCUCCUCUUCAGCACUAACCCUACGAGCACAAGACGUUGAAAAUAAGUAUUUUUGAAUGAAAAUACAUAUUUUUGGGAUGAAAAUACGUCCUUUUGGAUGAAAAUACAUAUUUUUGGAAAGACGUUGAAAAUACGUAUUUUCAACGUCUUGUGCUUACUGGGAAACUACAUUAUGCAACAUUUCUGUUAUCCAGUGAAGUAAUAUGUUGACCACUUGGCGUUAAUUACCUCCUAUUUUUUUGCUUUCUUUGAAGCUAUACUGUAGGGAUGUGUGGUGAUGGUGCCAAUGACUGUGGCGUAAGUAUGGGGUUGUCAUUUUUCAUUUUGUUGUCAUUUUUAGGUGUACUACUGUCCUGAAGAGAUGUACUGAGUGUGUUUCAUCUCAUGCUAUAACAUCAUGUUUUACUGCUAUUCGUGUGGUCCUUUGUAGCUCAGUUGGUAUAGCAUGGCGCUUGCAACACCAGGAUAGUUGGUUCGAUUCCCGGGACCAUCCUUAUGUAAAAUGUAUGCACACAUGUCUGUAAGUCGCUUUGGGAAAAAGCAGCUGGCAUAUAUUAUUGUAAAGAAUGCUUGAAUGGGGCCACUGUCUGGACCAUAGGAUCAGCUGUUUACUAACUGUACACAGCUCAAGCAGUAUGACAUUGGUCAGUAGAUUCCAUAAGGGGACAGUAUUCUCAUGACGGCACUAUUAGGAACAGACGUCUCUUUCCUGUAAUGCCGCCCUCUUAUAACUCUGCUAUAAAAAGUAUUUUUCCAGACAGACUAUUACCCUUCACCUGGCCCCCACAGUAAUUGAAUCCACAACCAAUGUUCCAAGCAUUUAUUUGGAGCACGUUGAGUGACCUCCCCUCCUCCCUCUGCUAUCUCCAGGCCCUAAAGAGAGCUCACAGUGGGAUUUCUCUGUCAGAGCUGGAGGCCUCGGUCGCCUCCCCCUUCACCUCCUCCACCGCCAACAUCUCCUGUGUGCCCAACCUCAUUAGGUACUGUAGCAUCAAUCAGAUGUAUUUUCUAAAGCCCUAUUUACAUCAGCAGUUGUCACAAAGUGCUUUACAGAUACCCAGCCUAAAACCCCAAAGAGCAAGCAAUGCAAAGGCAGAAGCACAGUGGCCAGGAAAAACUAGAGAGGAACCAGCAUCCCUUUCAUCAACAAUGUCAACUGUCUAUUUAUUUGACAGUCCUUAUACAGUUGGUAUAAAUUACAUGGCAUAAGUACCAGUCAAUUAUCUGUCUGUAGAAUAAAAUGUAUCUGUUGAGGUAUUUGAAGAGCUGUAUCAAAGUAGUCUCAUCCAGAGUUGCCAGGCUGAAUGAUGGCCUGUUGUUUCUCCACAGAGAGGGGCGAGCUGCUCUCAUCACCUCCUUCUGUGUGUUCAAGUUCAUGGCCCUGUACAGCAUCAUCCAGUACCUCAGUGUCACGCUCCUCUACUCUGUGAGUGCUGGUCCCAGAUCAGUUUAGCUGCUAUGAUUAACCGACAAAACAUGAUAACGGCUGGUUUGAGAUCAGUUUAGCUGCUAUGAUCAACUGUCAAACAUGAUAACGGCUGGUUUGAGAUCAGUUUGCUGCUAUGAUCAACUGACAAAUAUGGUAAAGGCUGGUUUGAGAUCAGUUUUUAAGGGGUUGUGUGUCUCUCUCUGUUCUAGAUCCUCAGCAACUUGGGAGACUUCCAGUUCCUCUUCAUUGACGUUGCUAUCAUUCUGAUCAUUGCCUUCACAAGUGAGUAAUAGAAACCUAUCUCCAGAAUGUUUCAACCAGCAUUACUUGAGUUGAGUAUCUCAAAUCAAAUCAAAUUGUAUUUGCCACAUGUGCCGUAUACAACAGGUGUAGACCUUACAGUGAAAUGCUUACUUACAAGCCCUUAACCAACAAUGCAGUUUUAAGAAAAUAAAAAAGUGUUAAGUAAAAAAUAGAUAAGUAAUAAAAUAAAAAAAUACAAUAAUUAGACAUUGAUCGUUUAUAUAUGGGGGACUCAGAUAUUCACAUCCUAAUUACUGUAUCAGUGCUGUAUCACUGAAAUGAAUGACAAAAAAUGUAUCAACUUUACUGCCAGUUAUUGAUUUCCUAUUGUUGAUUAUUUAUUGUCAGUGAGUCUGAACCCGGCAUGGAAGGAUCUGGUGGCGCGGCGGCCCCCGUCCAGUCUGAUUUCAGGCCCUCUGCUGUUCUCCGUGCUGACCCAGAUCCUCACCUGUCUGGCCUUCCAGGUCCUGGCCUUCCUCUGGGUCCGGGGCCAGAACUGGUACGAGAAAUGGACGCCCCUCUCGGAGUGAGUACUGCACUGCCUGGGCUGGGGGAAGGAAACUGGGACACCUAUUUGGCUAUUUAUGACCCAGAAAGUUAUCUGAUGGUCCAAAGGGUAAUCUGAACCAUAUAUAUGAUCCAAAAUAUUAUCUGAUUGUCCAACAAAAUAAUCAGGGAGACCCCUAUUGAUGGUCUGAAAGAGUUAUCUGAUUGUCCAAAAAGUGAUCUGAGAGACUUACUGUAUAUGGAAGGUCCAAAAACCCAAUCCAGAAGUCCAAGAAAGUUAUCUGGGGGUCCAAGAGAUUGAUCAGGGCUACUCCACCAUGCCACCUAGUGGUGUGUCUACACCAAGGAAGUCCAUCCCUUAGACGUUUGCUCUGGAUGACAGUUAAGAUCUUGGCAUAUCCUGGAAACAAUCUGAGGUAUAACAUCUGGCCCAUGUAAUUAGGUCCAAGAAAGUUAUCUUCAUGCUAACCCAAGUUUUUCUUCAACAGUGCCUGUAAUAUUUCCAGUGCCAAUCUCACCCAUGGUCCCAACAUAACGUCACAUGUCGACCACAAGAACAUCAGGAACUAUGAGAACACUACACUCUUCUACGUCUCCUCCUUCCAGUACCUGGCAGUGGCCAUCAUCUUCUCCAAGGGAAAACCUUUCAGACAGCCAAGCUAUAAAAACUGUAAGCUCCACCUGUGUAUUGUCAACUGUGUUUGAAUCCACAGCAACAGCAGAUUUAAGAUGCUAAUGUUAUUGUUUUACAUAGAGCUAACAUUUACUAUGAAGCUAUGGCUUACAGUAUACCUCGUCUGAUAUGUCAAUCUGGGCCUGGGGUCAAUUACCUUUUAAUUCCAGUUAAUUCAGAAAGUAAACCAAAUUCCAUUUUAAUUUCCAAAUGUUCCUCAUUGAAAAUCAUUGAAGAGAAUUGGAAUUGGAAUUUCAGUGUACUUCCGGAAUUGACUGGAAUUGAAAUGGAAUUGACCCCAACCCCGAUGUCAAUUAAAUUGUCCAUAAUUUGUAUGAGCAGUAAAAUGACGUAGUUACUGGUAACCUCAUUUUGUUCGAACCGAUCUCAAUAGGGCCGUUCAUGCUGUCCUGUGUGGCUCUGUACAUCUUCCUCUUCAUGAUCAUGCUGUAUCCUGUUCCUGCCAUCGACAACUUCCUGGAGGUGAGUGAGACAAAAUGGCCGACCCAAAAUGGCUGCCGUUGCCUGGCAUGAUGUGGUGUAGUGUAUGCCUUGCAAGUGAUGCUUUUGUUUUGAGACUAGCUAACCCCAUCAUGCUCUUUCCCUGUAGAUUGUGUGUGUUCCCCAUGAAUGGCGCAUAACAGUGGUCAUCAUUGUCCUAGUGAAUGCCGCCGUGUCUUUCCUAUUGGAGGUACAGUAUGUUAUAGGGAAUUUCAUGUGUAUUCGCCCUACAAUCUGUCUAUAUAGCCAAUUUAUUGAAAAAUUCCUACAGGAUUCAGCUUGUUGAGAAUCUUGCAUGUAGAAAUCUGUGAGUAUAAAAUGACACUAAUCCAAUCAAUUGACUCAAUAAUCAAAUAUAACAAUCACAUUGAAUCAAUAUUUCUUAAUGAAGGUCUGUUUUUUAUAUUUUUUACUGUUGUUCUGAGUGACAUCCUUGUUUUUGCUCAUAACCUGAUCAUCACCCCCUACUAUGGACGAUCAGUAGCAAUUUUGUUUUCACUCCUGCCCAAUGAAAUCUUCCUUAGACUUUGGUCCUUGACAUCAUCUUAUGGAAGCUGGUGUUCAGUCGAGACAAGCAGGGGGGCAGCGAUGGCAUGGCCGUCACCUCCGCUACUCACACACCUCAGGUUGGGAAUGUUUAGGCUUUGCAUCUUUAAUUUGUUCUCUUUCACUCUGUAGAUCUAGUAGUUAUCCCCCCCCCCCACUAUGACCCAUAGUAGUUAUCCCCCCCCACUAUGACCCAUAGUAGUUAUCCCCCCCCCCCACUAUGACCCAUAGUAGUUAUCCCCCCCCACUAUGACCCAUAGUAGUUAUCCCCCCCACUAUGACCCAAAGUAGUUAUCCCCCCCCCACUAUGACCCAUAGUAGUUAUCCCCCCCCACUAUGACCCAUAGUAGUUACCCCCCCCCACUAUGACCCCAUAGUAGUUAUCCCCCCCCCACUAUGACCCAUAGUAGUUAUCCCCCCCACUAUGACCCAUAGUAGUUAUCCCCCCCCCACUAUGACCCAUAGUAGUAUCCCCCCCACUAUGACCCAUAGUAGUUAUCCCCCCCACUAUGACCCAUAGUAGUUAUCCCCCUCCACUAUGACCCAUAGUAGUUAUCCCCCCCACUAUGACCCAUAGUAGUUAUCCCCCCCCCCCACUAUGACCCAUAGUAGUUAUCCCCCCACUAUGACCCAUAGUAGUUAUCCCCCCCCCACUAUGACCCAUAGUAGUUAUCCCCCCCACUAUGACCCAUAGUAGUUAUCCCCCCCCACUAUGACCCAUAGUAGUUAUCCCCCCCACUAUGACCCAUAGUAGUUAUCACCCCCCACUAUGACCCAUAGUAGUUAUCCCCCCACUAUGACCCAUAGUAGUUAUCCCCCCCACUAUGACCCAUAGUAGUUAUCCCCCCCCCCCACUAUGACCCAUAGUAGUUAUCCCCCCCACUAUGACCCAUAGUAGUUAUCCCCCCACUAUGACCCAUAGUAGUUAUCCCCCCCACUAUGACCCAUAGUAGUUAUCCCCCCCCACUAUGACCCAUAGUAGUUAUCCCCCCCCCACUAUGACCCAUAGUAGUUAUCCCCCCCCACUAAGACCCAUAGUAGUUAUCCCCCCACUAUGACCCAUAGUAGUUAUCCCCCCCCACUAUGACCCAUAGUAGUUAUCCCCCCACUAUGACCCAUAGUAGUUAUCCCCCCCCACUAUGACCCAUAGUAGUUAUCCCCCCCCCACUAUGACCCAUAGUAGUUAUCCCCCCCCACUAUGACCCAUAGUAGUUAUCCCCCCCACUAUGACCCAUAGUAGUUAUCCCCCCCCACUAUGACCCAUAGUAGUUAUCCCCCCCACUAUGACCCAUAGUAGUUAUCCCCCCCCACUAUGACCCAUAGUAGUUAUCCCCCCCCACUAUGACCCAUAGUAGUUAUCCCCCCCACUAUGACCCAUAGUAGUUAUCCCCCCCACUAUGACCCAUAUAUUAUCCCCCCCCACUAUGACCCAUAGUAGUUAUCCCCCCCCACUAUGACCCAUAGUAGUUAUCCCCCCCACUAUGACCCAUAGUAGUUAUCCCCCCCCACUAUGACCCAUAGUAGUUAUCCCCCCCACUAUGACCCAUAGUAGUUAUCCCCCCCCACUAUGACCCAUAGUAGUUAUCCCCCCCACUAUGACCCAUAGUAGUUAUCCCCCCCACUAUGACCCAUAGUAGUUAUCCCCCCCACUAUGACCCAUAGUAGUUAUCCCCCCACUAUGACCCAUAGUAGUUAUCCCCCCCCACUAUGACCCAUAGUAGUUAUCCCCCCCACUAUGACCCAUAGUAGUUAUCCCCCCACUAUGACCCAUAGUAGUUAUCCCCCCACUAUGACCCAUAGUAGUUAUCCCCCCCACUAUGACCCAUAGUAGUUAUCCCCCCCACUAUGACCCAUAGUAGUUAUCCCCCCCCCACUAUGACCCAUAGUAGUUAUCCCCCCCACUAUGACCCAUAGUAGUUAUCCCCCCACUAUGACCCAUAGUAGUUAUCCCCCCACUAUGACCCAUAGUAGUUAUCCCCCCACUAUGACCCAUAGUAGUUAUCCCCCCCACUAUGACCCAUAGUAGUUAUCCCCCCCCACUAUGACCCAUAAUAGUUAUCCCCCCCACUAAGACCCAUAGUAGUUAUCCCCCCACUAUGACCCAUAGUAGUUAUCCCCCCCACUAUGACCCAUAGUAGUUAUCCCCCCCACUAUGACCCAUAGUAUGUAUCCCCCCCACUAUGACCCAUAGUAGUUAUCCCCCCCACUAUGACCCAUAGUAGUUAUCCCCCCCACUAUGACCCAUAGUAGUUAUCCCCCCCCCCCACUAUGACCCAUAGUAGUUAUCCCCCCCCACUAUGACCCAUAGUAGUUUAAUCCCCACCCCCCCACUAUGACCCAUAGUAGUUAUCCCCCCCACUAUGACCCAUAGUAUUAUCCCCCCCCCACUAUGACCCAUAGUAGUAUCCCCCCCACUAUGACCCUAGUAGUUAUCCCCCCCACAUGACCCAUAGUAGUUAUCCCCCCCCCCCACUAUGACCCAUAGUAGUUAUCCCCCCCACUAUGACCCAUAGUAGUUAUCCCCCCACUAUGACCCAUAAAAGUUACCCCCACACUAUGACCCAUAUAGUUAUCCCCCCCACUAUGACCCAUAGUAGUUAUCAUCCCCCCACUAUGACCCAUAGUAGUUAUCCCCACCCCCCCCCACUAUGACCCAUAGUUAGUUAUCCCCCCCCCCCCACUAUGACCCAUAGUAGUUAUCCCCCCCCCACUAUGACCCAUAGUAGUUAUCCCCCCCCCCCCACUAUGACCCAUAGUAGUUAUCCCCCCCCCCACUAUGACCCAUAGUAGUUAUCCCCCCCCACUAUGACCCAUAGUAGUUAUCCCCCCACUAUGACCCAUAGUAGUUAUCCCCCCACUAUGACCCAUAGUAGUAAUCCCCCCCACUAUGACCCAUAGUAGUUAUCCCCCCCACUAUGACCCAUAGUAGUUAUCCCCCCCCACUAUGACCCAUAGUAGUUAUCCCCCCCACUAUGACCCAUAGUAGUUAUCCCCCCCCCCACUAUGACCCAUAGUAGUUGUCCCUCCCUUUCCCCCCUCACUAUGCAUACACAACGUUGAUACAUUGAUCCUGGCUCUUGCUUUUGAGGGGCUUGAUAUACAGUGCAUUUGUUUUGUGCUGAAUUUAUUUGGUCUUUUUUAUGAUUGAAGAAGCUGAGAAGUAAGUGAGAUUUAAAUGACUAAGAACUAUAGAUGCACCGAUAUAGAAAGAUUCAGUCCUAGAACCAUUAUUUUCUGGGCUGUGAUAGACGAUACUGAUAUUUUUAAAACUGCUUUGCAGAAAUGUCUGCAAACCUUCUCUCAGAAACAAGAACUUCAUGCAAGCACACCUGGCGUUUCAGUGGCAGAUUAUUUUAGAAAUAAAAUAUCAUCUGAAUAUCAGCUAUGAAAGAGCCGAUAUUAAAUAAUAUUGUGUGAUACCGAUAUUUAUACCGGUAUCAUGUUUUAAGCAAUUAUUGUCCAAUACAGAUAUUUAGUCUGAUAUAUCAUGCAUUAUUACUAGGAAUAAAAAUACUUUCUGCAGCAUUUGAAAAGCAACCCACACACCCCCGCAAGGUCGCCGCCCUUCCCCUCUCCACCCUGGAGGUUGCCCCCCCCCCCCCCCCCCCAGAAAGCAUAUGAAUGGGUCAUUAGCCAUAGCAAAAAUUUUGAAAAUUACAGAACAUUUACUGUAAACAAGCAAAAUUCUCUCAGCCUCAUUGCAACAUGUGUAGAAUAGCAUGAGAUUAGCAACAUGUGUAGAAUAGCAUGAGAUUAGCAACAUGUGUAGAAUAGCAUGAGAUUAGCAACAUGUGUAGAAUAGCAUGAGAUUAGCAACAUGUGUAGAAUUGUACGCCACUAAAGGCAACUGUGGUCUAUGCUGAUACUGGGUGAUUCUUCACGAAACUAGAACAAGAAAAUACCAUGAUUUGGGGGAUUUUCACUAAAUGUAAUCCAUAGAAGGUUCCUUUUGGAGGAAGGAUUGUUGACAUAUAUUUGACAUUUGUAUCUUAAAGCAUAAUUGAGUAAUAAUUAGGGGCUACAAAGCCAAAAAUUGUGUCAUAUGAAGCUUUACCAUGUAAUAUGAGUAGUAUUUUGAUUUCCAUAACAAUUUAUGACUAUUACAAAAAUAUAAACAUCAAUAUUGAAAAUAGAAAAUAUAUGGCUAAUUGUUCAAUAUAUUGUUGAACAUAAUAUACUCUACGGGCAUAUCAAAGUUCCAGUGUGGGCUCUGCUAGUGUUGAAGUUAUGGCCCAUUUUAUACAGAGAAAUUGGCAUAGUAGGCAAUGUAACCAAUCACAGCCCUCCUUUUACUUGUAUCAUUGCACAUCCUGCAAAUCACCAGCAGAGGGUGACCAUUUUGAAUCCAUUUUCACAUUCACUCUGUUGGAAAUGCUAACAAAUUGGAUCAUAACUCUAAAAGUAGCAUAGAUCGCACUCUGGAACUUUGAUAUGCCUUAGAGUUACAGUGGGGGAAAAAAGUAUUUAGUCAGCCACCAAUUGUGCAAGUUCUCCCACUUAGAAAAACACAUCCAGAAAAACACAUUGUAGGAUUUUUAAUGAAUUUAUUUGCAAAUUAUGGUGGAAAAUAAGUAUUUGGUCACCUACAAACAAGCAAGAUUUCUGGCUCUCACAGACCUGUAACUUCUUCUUUAAGAGGCUCCUCUGUCCUCCACUCGUUACCUGUAUUAAUGUCACCUGUUUUAACUUGUUAUUGGUAUAAAAGACACCUGUCCACAACCUCAAAUAGUCACACUACAAACUCCACUAUGGCCAAGACCAAAGAGCUGUCAAAGGACACCAGAAACAAAAUUGUAGACCUGCACCAGGCUGGGAAGACUGAAUCUGCAAUAGGUAAGCAGCUUGGUUUGAAGAAAUCAACUGUGGGAGCAAUUAUUAGGAAAUGGAAGACAUACAAGACCACUGAUAAUCUCCCUCGAUCUGGGGCUCCACGCAAGAUCUCACCCCGUGGGGUCAAAAUGAUCACAAGAACGGUGAGCAAAAAUCCCUGAACCACACGGGGGGACCUAGUGAAUGACCUGCAGAGAGCUGGGACCAAAGUAACAAAGCCUACCAUCAGUAACACACUACGCCGCCAGGGACUCAAAUCCUGCAGUGCCAGACGUGUCCCCCUGCUUAAGCCAGUACAUGUCCAGGCCCGUCUGAAGUUUGCUAGAGUGCAUUUGGAUGAUCCAGAAGAGGAUUGGGAGAAUGUCAUAUGGUCAGAUGAAACCAAAAUAGAACUUUUUGGUAAAAACUCACCUCGUCGUGUUUGGAGGACAAAGAAUGCUGAGUUGCAUCCAAAGAACACCAUACCUACUGUGAAGCAUGGGGGUGGAAACAUCAUGCUUUGGGGCUGUUUUUCUGCAAAGGGACCAGGACGACUGAUCCGUGUAAAGGAAAGAAUGAAUGGGGCCAUGUAUCGUGAGAUUUUGAGUGAAAACCUCCUUCCAUCAGCAAGGGCAUUGAAGAUGAAACGUGGCUGGGUCUUUCAGCAUGACAAUGAUCCCAAACACAGCGCCCGGGCAACGAAGGAGUGGCUUCGUAAGAAGCAUUUCAAGGUCCUGGAGUGGCCUAGCCAGUCUCCAGAUCUCAACCCCAUAGAAAAUCUUUGGAGGGAGUUGAAAGUCCGUGUUGCCCAGCGACAGCCCCAAAACAUCACUGCUCUAGAGGAGAUCUGCAUGGAGGAAUGGGCCAAAAUACCAGCAACAGUGUGUGAAAACCUUGUGAAGACUUACAGAAAACGUUUGACCUGUGUCAUUGCCAACAAAGGGUAUAUAACAAAGUAUUGAGAAACUUUAGUUAUUGACCAAAUACUUAUUUUCCACCAUCAUUUGCAAAUAAAUUCAUAAAAAAUCCUACAAUGUGAUUUUCUGGAUUUUUUUUUCUCAUUUUGUCUGUCAUAGUUGACGUGUACCUAUGAUGAAAAUUACAGGCCUCUCUCAUCUUUUUAAGUGGGAGAACAUGCACAAUUGGUGGCUGACUAAAUACUUUUUUUCCCCACUGUAUUAUGUUCAACAAUAUAUAAAAAAGUUGGUCAAAUCAAAAAGGUUAUAUUUUUAAAUAUUCAUGAAUGUAAUAAAUUGUUAUUAAAAACAAAAUACUACUAAUAUUACGGAGCAAGUGGUAACUUCAUAUGACACCAAUUUUUUGCUUUGUAGCCCCUACAGAUGAAACAUUAUGGAGUCUUAAAGGAGGCCUGGGUAAUGCCAAAAUGUCACAUAUUCCUUCAAUGAAUGAUUUCUCAAUUAUGCUUUAAGAUACAAAUACCAAAUAGACAGUGGGGUCUGAAAAUAUUGACACCAUUGAUAAGAUGAGCAAUAAUCACUGUAUAAAAUAAAUAAUUAAAACCUCUCACCAUUACCAAUAACAGGGGAGGUUAGCAUGUCUUGGGAGUAUGAUCUUUGACCCGCUGUAACUUUCUCACUGAUAAUUAUUCAUGAUUUAUUCCGAUUUAUCUGUAAUCAUGGUAGCAUCCACAUUAAUGUAGAGGUGUUUAGAAACAUAUUCUUGUAUUGUGUCAUUUUGACUCCAAAAUGACGCCAAACAUUUCUAUUGGCCACAAAAUAAUCUGAAACACAACCAAAACAAACUGCAAAUGCAUCCAACAAGUUUGUAGAAUCACAAGCUUGAUGUAGUUAGGGUGAACGCACCAAUUUGUGAGUCGCUCUGGCUAAGAGCGUCUGCUAAAUGACGUUAAUGUGCCCUUGAGCAAGGCACUUAACCCUAAUUGCUCCUGUAAGUUGCUCUGGUUAAGAGCGUCUGCUAAAUGACUAAAAUGUAAAUGUAAAUGUAGUCAUUGCGUGCUAGGAAUAUGGGACCAAAUACUUAACUUUUGACUACUUUAUUUAUAAGAAUCUUUAGGGGUGUCAAUAAUUUUGACCCCUGCCUUUUUGAAAAAAUAAUAUUACUAGUAAAAAAAAAAAAAAAAUUGUAUAAAAUAAUAUAAUUUCCCAAUGUUUUGGAACAUCCAUAUAGCUCAGUAUUUGAAUUAUUUAUACAGUCAUUAUUGCUAAUCUUUAUCAAGGGGGUCAAUAAUUUCGGACCCCACUGUGUCAAAUCCUUCCUCCAAAGCACCUUUCUAUGUAGUCAAUUUCGUGAAAAUCCCCCUAUUUUUUUGUUCUAGUUUCGAGAGGAAUCACCCUACAGUUGUCUAUGCUGUUUUCUUGUUUGAUUUGUGUAUGUACUAUUUCUAGUCUGCCAAUGAGCGUUGGUGCGCAACGUUCCUCUCCUGGCUGUUCUGUCGGAAGGGGAAGACCUCCAGAGUGCGCUACAUGCAAGUCGCCCAGGAGCUGCAGGAGGACCCCGACUGGCCCCCCAAACCCGCUACCGUCACCUAUACCACCAGCACCCCCCACCACACUGUCAGCAUGUGA